CGUCACGGAGCCCCUCGUGUGUCGUCCCGGAGAGCCGAGGGCCGCCGAGCCGCCCCCGCGGCCCCCGGCGUCGCCGGCGUCCCCCAGCGUUGUCGUCAUCGUCCUCGGUGGCAGCGGAGAGUCCCCAACCUUCACCAUGGACAUUGGAGAGUCCCUACAGUCAUCGGAGAGUCCCCAUAGUCAUUGGAGAGUCCCCGACCUUCACCAUGGUCAAUGGAGAGUCCUCAACCUUCACCAUGGUCAAUGGAGAGUCCCCGACCUUCACCAUGGUCAAUGGAGAGUCCUCAGUCAUUGGAGAGUCCCCAACCUUCAUUGGAGAGUCCCCAACCUUCACCAUGGUCAUUGGAGAGUCCCCAACCUUCACCAUGGUCAUUGGAGAGUCCCCAACCUUCAUUGGAGACUCCCCAACCUUCAUUGGAGACUCCCCAACCUUCAUCAUGAUGAUCUUCAAGUCCUUGGUCUUCGUCAUCAUCAUGGAGAUUCUUCAACGUUCAUCAUUGACAUUGGAGAGUCCCCAACCUUCACCAUGGACAUUGGAGAGUCCCCAACCUUCACCAUGGACAUUGGAGAGUCUCCAACCUUCAUCCUGGUCAAUGGAGAGUCCCCAACCUUCACCACGGUCACUGGAGAGUCCCCAGUCAUUGGAGAGUCCCCAACCUUGGUCAUGGUCAUUGGAGAGUCCCCAACCUUCACCAUGGUCAUUGGAGAGUCCCCAACCUUCACCAUGGACAUUGGAGAGUCCCCAACCUUCACCAUGGUCAUUGGAGAGUCCCCACAGUCAUUGGAGAGUCCUCAACCUUCAUCAUGGUCAAUGAAGAGUCCUCAACCUUCAUCAUCCUCAGAGUCCUUGACCUUCAUCAUCCUCCUCAGAGAGUCCUUGGCCUUCAUCAGGAGAGUCCUUGACCUUCAUCAGGAGAGUCCUUGACCUUCAUCAUCCUCAGAGUCCUUGACCU